AUGGCGCGCGUCGUCGACGUCGAGCUCAGGCUCGGGCAGGGGCCCCGCGACCGUGCGUUGGUGGAGGGGUUCGAGGCCAUCUCCGCCAUGGCGGAUCGGGUCGGGAUCGUGUCCGCCUUCAGGGAGCGGGCGAAGGUGGUCUUCCGGGAGACGGAGGAGGCCAAGGCGUGUGGCCGUCGGAGCAGGGCGUACCGGAGCCGCGGCACCGUCUACGCGGCGUGCCUCGCCAUCGCCUGCCGCAACGAGGGCCCGGGGUCGGCGAACACGCUCAAGGAGCUCGCCGCGGCGACGGGCCACCCGGCCGGCGCCGGGGCCGCCAUGAGGGAGAUCAGGAGGCUCACGGGGCGGAUCAGGCAGCGGCUCGGGGAGGAAGGCGCCGCCGGGGGGAAUAUCAAGGCGGCGGGCGUCGGCGCCGUGCGCGCGUCCACCUACGUCCGGCGAUUCGGCCCGCUGCUCGAGAUGGGGGACAGGGAGCUGGCCGUGGCGGAGGAGGCGGCGCGGCGGCUGGAGGAGAGCGACCUCGACGUACGCCACAACGGGCAGUCCGUGGCCGCCGGGAUCGUGUACUUGGCCGCCAAUGCCGCUCCUCGCCGCCCUGGGAGGGUCGCCGUCUCCUACGAGGACGUCAACGCGGCCACCCGUGUCUCCACGUCCACCCUCUUCCUGGUCUGCAAGAAGCUGCGCCCGCACGCCCAGAUGCUCCUCGGCUGA